GGGUGCCAGGCGCCGGGCCGCUCCGGCCCGCUCUGUGAGGAGGGGGGGCGGGCUCGCCGCUUGCGUUGUUUUUUGAAGUUCCGUUUAAAACUGCGCGGGUCAGCGGGGAGGGCUGGGGAAGGGGUGGUUUGUCCCUCUCAAGAGGGAGGGGUAGUGCCCAGGCACUGCUGAGGGGAGACAUCUUUAGCCAGAGGGCAAAGUCCUGGCUGCUUUCCCAGCCCAGUCUGCCCAGUCUCUGCACGCUGCUGGGGCGGGAGCCUGCACGGAUCGUGCCCUCAGCACCCUCUGCUCUUGGGGCAGGUGCCCCCUCGGAGGCAGCAAAGAGCAGUGUGGGGGCUCAGCAGGGUGGGUGUCGGUCCGGCCACCGCGUAGAGAAGACCCGUGGUGGGGAAGGUGAAAGCAAUCCCCUCUAGCCGUGGCAAUGGCGGACAGUGAGGCGGCAGGCGGGCCUGCUCCUGCCUGCGUGCUGGGCAUAGACCUGGGCACCACGUCGGUUAAGGCAGCCCUGCUGGUGGGGGCAGAGCGAGGGCAGGUGGUGGCAGAGAGCUGCUCCAGGGAGACGCAGGCACACACCAGUAGCCUGGAAGCUGGACCGCAGGGAAUGGAGCAGAAUGUCCAGAGAAUAAUAAGAGCACUGAAUGAAUGCCUUGCUGCUCUACCUCAGCAGCAGCUUCAAAGAGUCAGUCACAUUGGCAUUUCAGGACAAAUGCAUGGGUGGACUUCUUGGAUGCUAUGUGUUCCAGGUUGCAAGUGGACAGAGUGUGGUACAGGCCCUACCUUUGAGCCAGAGGAGGUCAGUCAUCUGAUUACUUGGCAAGACAGCCGCUGCAGUCCCACCUUCCUCUCUUCUCUUCCUCUGCCACAGUCACAUAUCAGCUUGGCUACAGGAUUUGGCUGUGCCACAGUCUACUGGUAUUUAAAGAAGAGUCCAGAUUUUCUGAAGUCUUAUGAUGCAGCCGGCACUAUCCAUGACUAUGUGGUUGCCAUGUUGUGUGACCUGAAGAAGCCACUCAUGUCUGUCCAGAAUGCUGCCAGCUGGGGAUAUUUUAAUUGCAGAAACAAGAGCUGGAAUACUGACGUAUUGAAAAAAUCCAGCUUUCCUGUUCACUUGCUUCCAGAGGUGGGAGACCCUGGCAGUAUUGCAGGCAGGACAAUCUCUGCAUGGCAUGGAAUACCCAAAGGAGCAAAAGUAGGAAUUGCUCUGGGAGAUUUCCAGUGCUCUGUUUAUUCCUGUCUGACUGAGAGGACUGAUGCAGUUCUUAAUAUCAGUACCUCUGCUCAACUGACUAUUUCAAUGCCCCCGGGUUUCCAGCCUCCAGAGACACCAGAUCCUUCCUCAGCUGUUACUUAUUUUCCCUACUUCAAUGGUGACUACUUGGCAGUGGCAGCAUCACUUAAUGGAGGCAAUGUGAUAGCAAUGUUUGUGGACAUGGUGGCACAGUGGACAGAAGAGCUUGGACUUCAGGUUCAGGAGUCUGCCAUCUAUACAAAGAUAAUCAAAGCAGCCUUGGCCCAAACCGACAGCAAACUCUCAGUCCACCCAACCAUAUUUGGAGAGAGACAUGUUCCUGAGCAGUUGGCGUCAGUGACCAAUAUUGCUGUCUCUCGCCUCUCCCUGGGUCACGUAACCAGAGCUCUGUGCCAUGGCAUCAUUGAAAACCUCUGUUCCAUGCUACCUGUGCAAUGCCUGAUGGAGACGGGAGUGAAGCGGAUCCUGGGGAGCGGGAGUGCCCUUGCCAGGAACGAGGUGCUGAGGCAGGAAGUGGAAAGGAUUUUUCCAUUCCCUGUGGUUUACGGGAAGGAUGUUGAUGCUGCUGUGGGGGCUGCUAUGGUGAUGUUCCACAGAAAAUAAAAUCAUGGUUUGGAAUAGCCUGAUAUGCAGCUUUUUUUUUUCUUUUUCCUGGCUAUACAGUGUUUCCUUUCACUUCCUUGACUUUUUCUGGAAUUGUAUUCAACAUGCCAUCUCGCUCAUUACAGUGGAAAAAAAAAAAAAAGCUUGCAUUUAAUGUCCGCUUCUGCCUCUGGGUGUACACAUUUCAUUGCACUGUCAUUCCCAUUUGUGAAAUGAGAAGUAAUAUCACAUUAAAUUUGACUGAGUCACUAGGGCAGAUCCAUUAACUUUCUGCAUAAAAUGAUUCUUCAUGCAAGGCUCUCUUUCCUGGUAGGAAAUACAUUUAGAAGGUCUAGGAGAGAUGAGUAGCUAUCUGUAACUUAGUCCGAAUAUUUCAUUAGAGACUUUUUGUCCUUAAGCUGUCUCACAAUAUACAUACAUAUAGGCUGCAGACCAGGAUCUCAGCCUUGUUUGGGGAGUUGGGUGGCUCUUGCACAGAAUGAAUGCCAGUUUUCACAUGUUGCAUGUUGUCUCUGUAAAAGAUGAAAUACAAUAUUAGCUUGAAUGUCGACAAAACAAUGGAGUAUUAUUUCUGUGGCUACCCAGGUCAGGUGCAGUGGAGUAAGGUCAAAGGCUAGGCCAGUACCAUGACUGGAGAUGCCUGGAAUGCAGGGCUUACAUCUGAGUGGAAAAUACAGGGUGGGAGGUAACUAUUUUCCUUAUUUGGCAUACAUAAUUAUUUUAUGUUUGGUUUUUGGGUGGUAGAGUGGAUCAGGGCCUCUGAAACGAUCAGAAUUUGUGAUAGACUGGAGAGGCUGGCAAACUCGGAGUUACAAAAGCCCAAUUCUCAUCUCUUUUAGCUUUGAUUUCCCUUUUAAGCCCAAAAACAAUUAGCAUUUUGAGAGAUAGUCCACAAAAAAUAUUUGUUCUUGUAAUAUAGUGCAUAGCUAUCUUAGUGUAUUUGAUCCGAAGGUGUUUCUGAUUCUGCCCUUCAUGUAUUGUGUCAAAUUAAGCUUUAAUACGGCAGCAGCCAGGCUAGACUCUAAUCUGUUUUUAAUGUUAAGUAUUGUUCAUACAUUCCCUUAAGUUUCCAAGUCUUUAUCCCCUGUGUUAUGCUCUUAAAAUUUAUUUCUCUCCCUACUCUUUAUUUUAAGGUGAAAACAUUUAUACGUUAUCUGUCUAAAACAAGAUGGAUGUACACCUUUUCUGCUCAAAUGAGACUGGG